AUGGUUCUCGCGAUCGACCUUCUCAACCCCACGCCUCAGGCUGAGGCCCGCAAGCACAAGCUUAAGACCCUUGUGCCCCAGCCCCGCUCCUUCUUCAUGGACGUCAAGUGCCCCGGUUGCUUCACCAUCACCACCGUCUUCUCCCACGCCCAGACCGUCGUUAUCUGUGCCGGUUGCUCCACCGUUCUGUGCCAGCCUACCGGUGGUAAGGCCCGUCUGACCGAGGGCUGCUCGUUCCGCCGCAAGUAA